CCAACGCGGUUGGCGUAGAUUACAGCGCGGUUGCCAUGGAUCGUACCGUAGUUGCUGGCGCUUCCUACGUAGUUGCUACAGACUUCAGAACGAGGCCGACAGAUCGUCUGCAGAAAAUAAAAUCAGUGUAAAUCAAUUAACAGGUGAUGAAGUGACCCACCUUGUGAAACACUAUGGCAUCUGAACAUAUAAAGCUUCUGCGGAGACCCCUCCCCCCAAAAAAACUCCAACCCAUCCUCAAACCAUUAGCGAAGACCAUUCUCUCAGAUGCAAGGAUGGAAUCCGUUCCUUUGGGAAUCCGCAAAAGCACAGAAGGAAGUGACUGGAGUUCUCGUGAUGACCCUCUGUGGGAUUUUGAUCUAGAGCUGUCCCGCACCGCCCCUACGCCUCUCUCUUUCCACUCUCCAACGCCCCCUGGCACUCCCCCUGAAAUCACUUACUCUUUCCCUUCUCGGCCCUGGCGAACGUUCUCCCAGUCCCUUCUUUUAGACCUGUUAAAAGAUCACCCCCGCUAUGCCCAGCCUCCGCCCUGCUUCGUCCUCAACGACUUCCUGGAAUCUGCCCGUGAGUUGGCACAGCCUGGCCAGUGCCUGAGGAAAGCGGUCCUGUCCCACUGCAACUACGAAAAGCUAGUGGACCUGUUCAUAUCACAGCUUCACAGCAGGCAUCAGAGAGAGGUGGCCAAUCUGAUUCUGAGCUGUGAAGAGCUACCACAGGCCAAGCACAGGAUGCCACAGAAUAUAUGCGAGCUGGCUGCGCUGGUUCAGAUGGAUCAGCAGGCUCAGAAGAUAUGUGUGAGGCAUGGUGUGGAUCAACCUCUCUACCAGACUGAGCAAAACUCUGUAGAACUGUGGACACCUGGCAAAACACAAGCUGAACACAUACAGCGCAGCAUGUGUCCAGUGAACAAGGUCAUUUUGAGCUCUUUCCCAGUUAAACACUUCCAGGGAUCCUGCAGAUCGUCUUCACCAUUCCAGCCCGCAGCUGAGUGUGUGAUGAUUUCUGUCUCGGAGCUUGCCAUCCUUGAGUGCCUCAUGCUGCGCAACACGGCCCUCAGCCUCAAGGCUCACUUCAUCGCCCGGGUACCUGACCUUUCUCCGCUGGUUCAGAGUCUGCUCUACCUCAAUCUGUCGUUUAACAACUUCACUGUGUUCCCUGUGGAGGUAUGUGAGCUGCCCAGGUUGGAGGUCCUGAAGCUGAGAGAUAAUCCAAUAGAGGAGAUUCCAGCUGAGAUUGAGAAGCUGCUCAACCUGAAGACCCUGGUCAUCUCCUUCUGCAAGAUCACUGCGCUGCCCUCCCAGUUGUACCGCCUGCCGGCUCUGCAGCACCUGGACGUCUCUCACAACCUCAUCAGCUCCCUGAGCGACGAGAUCAAGAACCUCAGGUUGCUGCAGUACGUGAACGUAGAGGGGAAUCAGUUGGAGGGUCUGCCGGUGGGGAUCCUGGGUUUGUCUGUGUCUGAGCUCCGGCUCGCGGGGAACUACACACACCCUCUGCUGUGGACCAUUAACAGUGUGAACUCUCCACCGUCCCUCUUGCACGCCGCAGCGCACGCCCUGGCCCUCAUACAGCCUGAACAGCGCUACAGCACUCUGCCCACUGCAGCCCGCCUCGUCCUCAGCAGGGCAGGUGUGUGUGAGUGCUGUGGUGGUCCCCGGUUUGGCCCCGGGCUGAAGCUGAUCCAUCCCAUUUAUGGCCUCUUCGGCCUCAGCAGCGUUCCCAUCCUCUUCCUCUCCUGCUCUGUCUCGUGCUACUCCAGAUUCAGGAAACAGUCACACACCCUCACACAGCACCUUCACACGGCCUAGACAGCAAGCAGCAGUGCUGGAGUGUUCCAGGGUUUUAUUGUUUAUCUUUUUUCUCAAUAAAUUGAUACAAACAUUACAACAGAGCAUUGGACAUACAUGUACUAUAUGGACAAAUGUAUUGGGACACCUACACAUCACACCUACAGGAGCUUUUAUGAAUCCCUUUCUAAAUCCAUAGGCUUUAAUAUGAAGUUGGUCCCCCUUUGCAGCUC